AUUACAAAUAUUAUAUGAUGAGAUAUCCGAAUACUUCCACGAGCUGUCAAUUUAUUCAAUGUGUUCAUUGUUUGAUGUUUCUAUUUAUUUCCCAUUCCCAUAUAUUUACCAAGAUUAGUGUUAGGGAUUAACAAUUAUUUACUUGAAAAUGCCCCCCGCAAUCACUGAAGAUAUUCGUCAAAGAAUAGUGACAAUGCAUCAACAGGGUCAUAGUAUUCGAGCAAUAUCGAGAGCUCUCGUCUUGACGCGAAACACAGUCGCGCUGUGGGUAAAGCGAUAUGCGAAAGAGGGAAAUAUUUGUGAUCAUCGGAAGAACAAUCAUCGGCCUUCAGCCUUAAACGAAGUUCAGCGAAAAGAAAUCCUCACAGACUUCGAAACUAAUGGAUCUGUACCUACUCGACGAUACGCGGAACGGUUUGAUGUCAAUCCCAGAACGAUCAGAAGGCAUCUUCAUUCCAUGAAAGUUAAGAGAGUAGAUACAGAUGAACAGAAAACUGUACCUGAAGAUCUUACACACCAUGAUUUAAAUGAUUACACAUUAAAUUUAGUUACUGAUGAGAAGAUCCAGUCAAUAGAUGAUGGUUUGUUACAUUUACAAUGUGAAAAAACACAGUACAAAGUGGAUAAUGUCAUAUCAAAAGAUAAAAGCCCUGAAAGGUGUCAGAAAGCUAGAUCUAAUUCAGAGUCAUGCGAAUGCCAUGAACUAUAUCAGGGUCAUACCACAGAAUGAGUAAUAGAAUAAAGGAGGUUCUUUUGGUGAUGAUAAACUUAACCACAGAAUAAAUAAUAGUACUACCUUCUGUAUGGUAACUUCCUACAAAACUGAUGUUUGACAGUGAUUCAGGGACAAAUCAUGUUCUCUUUCUAAUAUGUGGCACUAUCCCUUUCGGUUAUUUA